AUGAGAAUAUUCUGGUAUGCCGACAAAGUCGAAAAGAUCAUUCAGGCAGUGGCUGUUGUUGCGGCAAUCUGCUCUGGCGUGGGCAUGGCUUUGCAGAACCUGAUCUUUGGCCAGUUUGUGACAGUCAUCACCGACUAUGUCUCUAGUACUUCGGACAGGGACGUUUUCAUGGGCGAAGUCUCCAAACUAGCUGUUUAUUUCGUCUACCUCGGAAUCGCCCGCUUCGUCUUGUCAUACACUUACAACACCUUGUUCACUUAUGCCGGUUACCGCACGGUCCGCAACAUUCGCCGCGCAUAUCUCCGCGCUGCGCUUUCCCAGGAUGUGGCCUUCUUCGACCUUGGGUCUGCCGGCUCCAUCGCAGCACAAGCGUCAUCCAACGGCAAGUUGAUCCAGAGCGGCAUUUCGGAGAAGCUAGGACUCACCUUUCAGGGGCUGGCUGCAUUCAUGGCCUCCUUUAUCGUUGCAUUCGUUACCAACUGGAAGCUUUCGCUUAUAUGCUUGUGCAUUGCCCCCGCAACAAUCUUGGUCAUGUCCAUUGUCGCAAUGGUUCACGCCGGCUACGAGACCAAGAUCUUGGAUAUUUACUCACAGGCAAACUCUUUUGCCGAGGGCGUGCUUGCAAGUGCCAAGACUGUUCACGCCUUUGGCAUGAGGGAGCGGCUGGUUGAGAGGUUCAACAACUAUCUCGAUGAAGCGGGGGUCUGGGGACGCAAGAUUUCGCCGCUGCUCGGCAUUUUAAUGUCGGCCGAGUACAGCAUCAUCUUCUUGGGGAUGGCUCUUGCCUUUUGGCAAGGUAUUGCCAUGCUGUCACGCGGCGACAUUGCUGCCGGCGAGAUCUUUACCGUCUUGUUUGCCGUCGUAAUUGCCACCAUCUCUAUCACCAUGCUCGCUCCGUACAGCAUUGACUUUUCGAGAGCUUCAACAGCUGCCGCACAGCUCUUCAAGUUGAUCGACACCGUUUCCAAGAUCGAUCCCUUUGACGAAUCCGGGGAUCAGCCCGAUGGCGUGGAGGGCCUUGUGGAGUUGGAGCACGUGUCAUUUGCCUACCCCUCGAGGCCCAAGAUCAAGGUCUUGGACGACUUUACUCUCACAAUCCCGGCAGGAAAAGUGACUGCUCUCGUUGGCGCCAGCGGUUCGGGCAAGAGCACCAUUGUCGGUCUCUUGGAACGGUGGUACAAUCCAUUCUCUGGCUCCAUCAAGCUCGACGGCCGGCCCAUUGAGCAGCUCAACCUCCACUGGCUUCGCAAAAACAUUCGGUUGGUGCAGCAAGAGCCUGUCCUGUUCCAAGGAACUGUCUUUGAAAAUAUCGCCUAUGGGCUGGUGGGCACGCCAUACGAGCAGAGUUCUCGCGAGGAGCAGAUGGCUCGUGUGGAAGAGGCAGCAAAAUUGGCGUUUGCUCAUGAUUUUAUCCUGCAGCUCCCUCAAGGUUACAAUACGGAUAUUGGCCAGCGAGGAGGUUUGCUGAGUGGAGGACAGAAGCAGAGGGUCGCCAUUGCUCGGAGCGUGGUUUCCCACCCUAAAGUUCUUCUUCUCGAUGAAGCCACUUCGGCUCUAGAUCCCCAUGCUGAAGGCACGGUUCAGAAGGCGCUCGACAGGGCCGCCGAGGGCCGCACCACGCUGGUCAUUGCACACAAGCUAGCUACGAUCAAAAAAGCAGACCAAAUCAUCGUGAUGUCCAAGGGCAAGAUUGUUGAGCAAGGCACUCACGAGGGGCUCAUUGCCCAGGAUGGGACCUAUGCCAAACUUGUGCGCGCUCAAGAUCUGGCUGUCGGAGGCCAGAAGCUUCCAGACACGGAUGGGUCUCGGGACAUGGACAGUCAUGAUGAAGGCGACGAGGACAAUGAGAGUCGUCAUCCGAUGGAACUUACCAAGACCAUGACCCGAUACCCAACACAAGAUUGGAUGCGGCUGGACGAGCAAAGGGAUCGCGAUGACUUCCACAAGCAUAAGCACGUUGGUCUCUUAACCGUAGUAACCCAUCUUGUCAAGUACACCCCUGAGCUCAACCUGAUGUAUGGGGCGCUCUUCUUGGGUUGUGUAGGAGCUGCCGCGGCCUUCCCAGGUCAAGCCAUUCUCAUGGCCCGGGUUAUGGACGUCUUUACUUUGACCGGGCAGGCCCUGGUUGACCGCGGCAACUUCUUUGCCUGCAUGUUUAUUGUCAUGGCGGGGGGUUGUCUCGCGGUUUACUUUGUCCUCGGUUGGGCUUGCAACACGAUUGCCCAGACGUUGACCCGGAAGCUCCGCCGACAAGUAUUUGACAACUUAUUGCGUCAGGACAUCCAGUUUUUCGACCGUCCCGAGAAUUCGGUUGGGUCCUUAGUCAGCCAUGUCGAGUCAGACCCCCAAGGCGUCUUUGAGCUGAUGGGCAUAAACGUUGGGCUCAUUCUGAUCUCGGUCCUCAACCUCGGAGCUUGCAGCAUUUUGGCUAUCGCACACACUUGGAAGCUGGGUCUUGUUGUUGUCCUUGCCGGGAUGCCACCUCUCGCCCUGUCUGGCCUCUUCAAGAUUCGUCUUGAUGUGAAGCUGGAUCAGAUGGUUUCCAAGCGCCAUUCCAAGAGUUCUGCCAUCGCCUCGGAAAGCAUCAAUGCCAUCCGGACAGUGUCGUCGUUGGCUUUGGAGGACAAGGUUCUCGAAAAGUACACUGCCGAACUGGACCAUGCCGUCGCUGGAUCAGUCAAACCUCUUACCCUGAUCAUGACGUGCUUCGCCUUCACUCAAUGUAUCGAGUAUCUCUUCAUGGCUUUGGGCUUCUGGUACGGCUGCAAGCUUGUCUCGGACCUCGAAAUUUCCAUGUAUGACUUUUUUGUGGCCUUUAUGGGUGUCUUUUUGUCGGCGCAAGCGGCCUCGCAGUUUUUUGCAUUCUCAACAAGCAUGACCAAGGGGCAAAACUCGGCAAAUUACAUCUUUUGGCUCUCUUCACUCCAGCCAAUAGUUCAGGAGACACCGGACAAUCAAGACAGGAAGCCUUCGUCUGGAGGUCCCAUUGAGCUCGACAAUGUCCGCUUUUCGUAUCCGCUCCGCCCGGACACUACUGUGCUGCGUGGCGUGGACCUGAAGAUCGAAAAAGGACAGUUCAUUGCCGUUGUUGGUGCGUCUGGUUGCGGCAAGUCGACCAUCAUUGGUCUUUUGGAACGGUUUUACGACGCCUCUACUGGCACCGUCCGCAUUGCAUCUGAUCCUCUCCCCUCAAUCAACCCUCGACAUUAUCGCGCCAUUGUGUCUCUCGUCCAGCAAGAGCCAACUCUCUUCCAGGGAACAAUCCAAGAUAACAUUGCUCUGGGGCUCGACGAAAGCGACAUGCCCACCGAAAAGGAUGCUGCUUUGUCGACUCGGGUUGAAGCGGCGCUUCGCGCUGCGAAUGCCUGGGACUUCGUCUGCUCUCUUCCGGACGGUGUUGCGACUUUUGCUGGGCCCAACGGAACACAGCUAUCAGGAGGACAGCGCCAGCGGAUUGCUAUUGCCCGUGCUCUUAUUCGUAACCCCAAGAUCCUUCUUUUGGACGAGGCCACGAGUGCGCUUGAUUCCACAAGCGAGAAGAUUGUCCAAGAGGCCCUUGCCGAAGUAGCAAAGGAGGGUGACCGCAUUACCGUGGCUGUUGCUCACCGACUGAGCACCAUCAAAGACGCGGAUCUCAUUUGCGUCUUCAAGGCAGGAAAGAUUGUGGAGGCAGGGACACAUGCAAAGCUUUUGGCUAAGGGGGAGAUUUAUAAGCAAAUGUGUGAGGCUCAGAACCUAGAUUGA